AUGCCUGGCAUAGACCUGCCCACCUCGGAACGCCACAGCAGCAUCACCCCAAACCCUGAAGGAAGUGAUAUUGUACCCGGAGAUGAAGUGAGUGACACGGAGCACCUCCUGGAUCUGUACCAGUGCCGGCUUCCUCUCCGCUCGUCUCCAGCGGAGCUAAAGGAGGAAAUGCAGCGAGUCGACAGCAGCUGGAGCCAAGAUGGAGACCUGCAGGACUGUGGACAGUUGGAGAGGAGAUGGCUGCUCUGGCAUGAGUUUAUGAAGGAGUACGACCACUUGGAUGCUUGGCUGAGAUUGGCCGAGGAGGCCGUCUCUUCCCCAAACUCCGUCCACGUUACCUACCAGACCGCCAAGGAGGAAAUGAAGAAGUUUGAGAGGCUGCGGCGAGAGGCGGGGCCUCGCCUCAUCCAGCUGGACAGCCUGACCCGGAGGAAUCGAACACUAACUCGGCUCUUCCAGGGUACCAUGCAGGCUCGGCUGCUGGCAUCGGCGAGGGAGUGCGGCCGCCGCUGGGAUGACGUGAACGCCAGACUGCAGUCCAUCACAGGCCAACUGCAGCUCCUUGUCUCAGAGUGGGAGGGGUUUGAUGCACAAAGGGAGGAGCUUGCAGUUUGGUUGGCUGACAUGGAUGUACGCCUGAUUGAGGUUGAGCAGCUGACAGGAAACACCUGUGAAAAACUGAGACAGCUGCAGUCAUUUCAGGAGUGCGUAUGCGAGAAUUCGGGGCGUGUGAACGCCCUGCUGCAGCGCGGCGAAGCGUUGAUCCAGCACAGUGUGCCUUCUGACGCUCAGCACGUCGAGAGCCAGCUGCUGGAGCUGCUGCAGCAUUGCAGCCACGUCUACAACAACAUUGGACGAACACACACCCGGCUGCUCAGCAUGAGACUGGUGUUUGAGGACGACUGCAUUCUGUCCCAGGCUACAGACUCUGGUUGUCCUUCGGAGAGUCUUUUAGAAGAUGAGGGAACAGCUGAAAAGCAAAAUGUGGACCUCCCCGCAUCUUCCCAUGAGCACCUGGGGCUGGAGUGGGACCCGUCAGUUGACAUUGGACGCUCCGUCUCCCGUGACGACGCCGACUCAUCGUAUUUCAGUGCCAGCACAGGUCUGAAGAGGUGGAGCUACCUGAGUUCCUUUGACUCUCGGUCUGACAUCAGCGCCGACAUCAGGAACCAGGAGGGAGACUUGACAGAAACGCACUGUGUCGCACUGUCGGUGAACCCCAAAGCCCAACAGGAAAGAAACAAACGAGAGGCGCACGAAUGGCUUGAUCACACUCAGCCGGGCUUCUUCUCGCCUGUCGCAGACCAACAGGAAGAAGCUCUGGGCUGCAGGGACCAGUGGAAGACCUCGACUCCCGACCGACAGGACGGCGAGCCGGUUGACUUUGACGGAGGCCGCGUGCAGGCGUGGCUGAGAGUCCAGAGCGCCGCUUUGCCAGAGAGGAGCACUUCCUGUUCGAAAGAAGCGCAGACUGAUGGGAGGCUGAAGAUGUCGCAGUGUUACAUGGAUGAAAACCUCGCUGAUGCAUCCAACAGCAGCCAUGGCUGCCACAAUGACACACGGCGGCUUUCUCCUUCACCGUCAGAUCACCUGAAUUUAAAGGCCAGCUCUGAUAGGAUGAGGAACCACUAUCAGUCACGAGUACAGGAGGAAGAGGAGCUGUACUGCUGUGAGGAACCCGAGCGUCUCAUCUCUGAACAAAGUGUUCCCCGUGUGACCUCCAGCAGCAGCAGCGGGGCUGCUUCCUCGCUCUCCCCCACCCUCCUCUGCCUCCUCCUGGCUGCAGCACUGGUUCUGCUGGCCUGUCUGGCCUGGGUCUUCACGGAGCAGCCAUGUCACCGCAGCAACACGAUGGCCCGUACCUUCCACCUGACACUGAGAUACGUCAACGGACCCCCGCCUACCUGA